ACCGGAAGUCAUUCUCACAAAACAGAGAGGCCGGAAGCUGCGCCGGCUUUUCUCUCGUCUUCGCGAGAGGUUCUCAUCAUUAUUGAGCUCCGGCCCGUAUCCCGUCGCCUCACGUCCCUUGCGCUAUGGCUCUCAGCGAUGCCGACGUGCAGAAGCAGAUUAAGCACAUGAUGGCUUUUAUUGAACAAGAAGCCAAUGAGAAAGCAGAAGAAAUAGAUGCGAAGGCAGAAGAGGAGUUCAACAUUGAGAAAGGUCGUCUUGUGCAAACCCAAAGACUGAAGAUUAUGGAAUAUUACGAGAAGAAGGAAAAGCAGAUUGAACAGCAGAAGAAAAUUCAGAUGUCUAAUUUGAUGAAUCAAGCGAGGCUCAAAGUCCUCAGAGCCAGAGAUGACCUCAUCACAGACCUGCUAAAUGAAGCGAAACAGAGACUAGGCAAAGUGGUAAAAGAUACAACCAGGUACCAAGUGCUGUUGGAUGGACUGGUCCUCCAGGGUUUGUACCAGUUGUUGGAGCCCCGAAUGAUCGUUCGUUGCAGGAAACAAGAUUUCCCUCUGGUAAAGGCUGCCGUGCAGAAAGCAAUCCCUGUUUACAAAAUCGCCACCAAAAGAGAUGUUGAUGUCCAGAUUGAUCAGGAGGCCUACCUGCCUGAGGAAAUAGCUGGUGGGGUUGAGAUCUAUAACGGGGAUCGCAAAAUCAAGGUCUCCAAUACCUUAGAGAGCCGGCUGGACCUCAUAGCUCAACAGAUGAUGCCAGAGGUGCGGGGAGCCUUGUUUGGUGCAAAUGCCAACAGGAAGUUUUUGGACUAAGCCUGGGAGGUGGCGUUCAUCCCCUGCUCUCCUCCUGGGACGUGACGUUCUGACAUUUGAAGACACCCGCGUAGCCUCCUCUUCACUGUUUGUAUCCUGUGUUGAUCAGUGGGUACCCUUUUGUAGCUGACACCCCUGGCUGAUGGUAAAUGAUGGCAGAGAGAUUUAUUUAACAUGAUAGGAAACCUUUUUCUAGCUUAUCUGAAAGUAACCCAGCUUCCAGCUGGUUCCGAAGCAUGAAGGUCCCCAAGUCUUCUGCCCUUCUCUGGCACAGUGUCCAGCCAAGAGGUCUGGUCUCUGCUCUUUGGGCUUCAAGUGCAUGUGGAGCCACAUUCCUUCUAGCAGUAGCAGCUUAACUGUUAACUAUUUGGGCCUAGAUGAGUAUACUUUAUUUAUUAAAACAGUAUGUGUACGCGGA